UCAUCUGGUAUACCUCUGGACUGUGCCUCUCUGUGAAUCCCCUUCAUCGAAUACAGGAUGACCGAGGCGAUGUCAUCUAGGGGUAUGGGAUCACCCAUCCCUCAAGUUGUCCUGGACGAGUUGACCGAACCUGAGUUAUGGUGGCGCGAUCAUUCCGAAUGGCUAGCUGAACGGGGAUAUAGGCUUCGUCCGCGAUAUAGACCGGGCUGGAAACCUUCGUGGUUAGAACAUCCGGGUAGAUUCCUCGGGAGCUACGAGGAUUUUUACGGUAUUGAGAAUCCGUUCCUCUUGGAUGCCGUACGCGUGUCUGACAAUGCUAUGGUCGCCCUGAAGAGGGUUUUGGCUCAUAUGAACCCACACGAAUUUGAGAUCACCCAGUAUCUCUCGUCUGAGGCCACUCGUUUGGACCCCCGCAACCAUGCCAUCCCGGUUUGGGAUUCCUUCAGUGUCCCAGACAGCCCGGAUAGCACUAUCCUUGUGAUACCGUUCUUUCGCGCCUGCGCAAGUCCUCCGUGGCAGACCGUUGGCGAGGUCGUAUCGUUCCUGUUGCAAGUCUUCGAGGGCAUGCAGUGGCUACACGAUCACCACACAGCACACAGAGACUGCAAUGCCAACAAUAUCAUGUACGAUCCGCGGCCGAUGUAUCCGAACAUGUUCCACCCCAGGAAACCCAACAGGACUGUUGAUUUUAAAGCGCGAGCUAAACACACAACGCGGACAGCUGCACCUGUCAGGUAUUACUACAUCGAUUUCGGGCUGUCUCGUCGAUAUAAUCCAGAAGAUGGGCCGCCGAGGGAACAUCCCAUAGAGGGCGGAGACAAGUCCGUCCCCGAGUUCCAGAACUGGAAUGGGGAGCUUGUUGAUCCUUUCCCUACCGACAUCUACUAUCUUGGGAGCAUGAUUAAGAGGACCGUUCUCGAGCCAUAUCGCGGGGCUGAGUUCCUUAAGUCCCUCGUCGAGGACAUGACUCAGCAAGACCCGUUUAAGAGACCAACGAUUCACGAUGUUGUACGUCGGUUCGACGACUUGUGGAAGUCUCUCGGUUUCUUCAAGCUGCGAUCCCGUCUAGUCCAAGUCAAGGAGGACUCUUACACGAGACGGUACCGAACAUAUCGUCAUUUCUUCCGCACGUUGAAGUACGUUGUGUCGGGCAAGGCCGCUAUACCCCUCCCUUCGUAACUAUUCUGUCCUCCUGUCGUGUCGUUGCUCUCACUUUUGGCUUUCGUGCUGUACUGCUCUAUUGUAUGAACGGUCUCUUUACGACGUCAGGUAGCGGUCCACCGUCACGGUCGAGUGCUUGUGACGUCGUACUUCCAGCUCAAGCCGAUGUUACGGAUCCCGAGUUCAGCAGAGAGGAUGGGCGUGCGCCAUCAAACGAGAGGCCUUGCUCCACCCGUACUACUGCCUGUCUCCUAGUCGUCCAGCACCUGUGCAUAGCAUCGG